GUUCUCCGUUGCCACCACUUUCUUGAAAUGGUACAGACAGGAGUUAGCUUUAAUGUUCCCUCCAUAUCAAAGUCAGAUGCUGAGGAGAUACCCCCUGUGAUCGCACACGCUCAACAGUGCGAUACAGAUAGACUUAAAACAACAGAAAUUGUAAUGGGAUGGCCUAUUGUCUAUAUUACACUAAAUAAAAUUCAAAAGUUUUAUGAAACGCUGAGAUCGUCAAACAGGAUAAUCACUUGGAGCUGUGAUGUCUCUGAAAAACUGGUGACCACUUUGUACGAGCGAUCUGCACCUGUUCGGGCUACAAUGUGUCCUGCAAUACGAAUCGUUGAUCUGGUUACCACCGAUGUUGUAGAAACAGUGCAGAAAAAAUUGCCAGUAGUCCGACAAUCACCUUCAAAGGUAUACGAGGCUAUGAAAUCGGGCUUCUACAAACGUAUUGCCCAUGUGUGGGAUGAAACUGAGUUCCUGGUACAUAGAGGGGAGAGGCGGUUUCGGAAGGUUGCCGUGCUUGCUGCAGAGGUUCUCCGUAAAUCAGUUGUCACUCUUGACAAGUGGAUGGAAAAAGUGGAAGAAUACGUAGAGAAUGCUCACUCAAAAAGACUGAAACAACCACAAGUACCCGGCGAUAAGUCUCUGACGGAUCCCGUGGAAACUAAAUCGUGGGCUCCGGUGAAGACGGCGUUCAACUGGGCCACGACUGUCGCUAUGUUCUCCUUGGGAGCCGCCGCUUGCAUCACAUCUCGCGUGCCUCUGGUUGGUCGGUUUGUCAGCCUGUCUACGUCUCCUAUGCCCUCCACAUCGGCAUCGCCAACUUCAGAGAAAGAUCUGAAAUCGUCGAGCUCGUCAUACGAAUCCAUUCCGGAAUCGACAGCAGCCGCAACCACAGCGAAGAUGCGACGUAGCCAGUUGAAUUUAGAGAAUCAAAGUCUAUGACUAAGGAUUAGUUAGUCACCUAAAUAGCGCAGUAGUAUAGGCAAUUGGUUUUAAUUAGUAAGUUUGUCAAAUUUCAAAACACCGAUCUCUGCCUCAGUACGCAAAUCUUGGUUCACGAGAAAA